AUUUGAUAGAGAGAGAAAGAGAGGGGUAAACAAAGCGGUGGACUGAACAGUCACCCAAAGCACACCAGAGAGAGUGAGCGGGGGAAGAGAGAGAGAGAGAGGAGCUGGAAAAGGUAGCUCUUUUUUCCUCUCUUCCUUCCCCCUCGCCGUCCGCUUCCCCUCUUCCUUCUCUCCGAUCGCUUCCUUCUACGGGGAGGAACCGGAAAUCUUCCCAUAUAUAUAUGCCCUCGCUGGCCGAGGCCUAAAAAUCGCUCCUUUGUUUCGUUUCCUUGAGAAAAUUAGGGUUAAGAGGCAGCCAUGGCGGAUUCCAGCGAACAGAAGUGGCAGUCCAUUCUAAAGAUUGCUCUUUUUAUGGGCUCCGAUGCCUUCGGCGAGCGUCGGUCGAAGUCCCGCUCCGCCCGCAGCUUCGCCGCCGGCGAUGGCGCUGUCGGGCUGGCAAUCGUCGCCGCCUUGGGCGAAGAGGCGCCCGCCUACCGGUCGGCGCCGAUCCGGAUCCGCGCCGUGGCGGCGAAGCCCGCCAUGAGGGCCGCCGCCGCCACCUCGAAGAAGGACGAGAGCGCGGAGCUCUCGGAGAGCUAUACUUGUGUGAUUUCGCACCUGGGAGCGAACAGGGUGAAGAAAAGGGUGUAUUUUGGCGACGGCGACGGUAUCCUUUUCGUAGAACCUCCGUGGCCGCCGCCGCCUGCAAGUACAGAGGAUCCGCCCUUUGUGGUGGCCGAGUUCCUGAGGUGCUGCUUCCUGUGCAAGCAGCAGCUCGGCGGAACGGACGUUUACAUGUACAGAGGGAAGGCCUUCUGCAGUGAAGAAUGCAGAUACCAGCAGAUGUUGGCGGAGGAAUUAGGCGAGAAGCUCACUGCCAAUGCAGCGAAGAACUACGACCACUCUUCUUCUCCUUGCUCUGCUUCAUUGCUCAUCCCGGCAGGUGUCGCAGCUGCUUAAGUGUACUGAAUACUAAAGUAAAAACUCUGGAGGAGGAACAAAAGGAAGUGAGUGAAUAAAGUGAAGUGUAAGGGUUCAAUAAGGGAUGUUUCCGGCAUAAGUAGACCUUGAUUUGUAUGAAGAGAGGGUAUACAGGAAGAAGAUUGGGAUUUGCAAGAUCAAAUAUAUAUUAUUAUAUAAAGAAAAAUAUUUGAGAUGCAA